AUGAAAUUUAUGGAAGAUGGAGAGUAUCGUGCUGAGGUCCACUACAUUCUGCAUCUUAAUCGUCGACCAAUCUACUAUAUCACGGUCAUUGUCGUUCCUACCUUUUUGAUUUCUGCUCUUUCAAUUCUGGGCAUUUUUUCACCUGGAUCAAAUGACGGGCCAAGAAAUGAAAAGGUUUCCCUUGGACUCGGCUCCCUACUUGCUAUGACUGUGCUGCUAGAUAUCGUGGCAGGUGCUAUGCCGAAGAGCAACAGCAUACCACUUCUUGGUUUUUAUAUUAUUGUGGUAAUUAUGCUAUGUGCCAUAGGAGUUGCCAUCUCAAUGGCUUUAUUGGGUUUAUCGCGAUCUUACAUUCAAACCGAGGAACUUCCCUCAAAAAAUGCGUAUAGAUUUUUGCUUCUAAAACCUACAAAAGCGAUGAGAUACAAUAGCAUUUGUCCCAUUGCUCCGUCGGAGAAGAUUGCGGGUAUAAUGUAA